CUGUUCGCCCAAUGCCGCAAUGUGGCGGCUAGAUGUGCGGCACUCGCUGAUUGGCGGAGACGCAUGAUGUGACGUCAUAGUGACAGCAGCCAGUGGCGGAUAAGGUGACGUGGGCGCGACACUGAUCUAUCAUGGUGCUGAGCAGGAAGCGGUGACAGAAACUGAGGAGCGCCGGCAACAGCAGGAUCAUGAAGGCCCUAAUCCUGGUUGGCGGCUAUGGCACGAGGUUACGCCCCCUGACACUGAGUAUCCCCAAACCUCUGGUGGAUUUCUGCAACAAGCCCAUAUUGCUGCACCAGGUGGAAGCUCUGGUCAAGGCUGGGGUGAAUCACGUGAUCCUGGCAGUCAGUUACAUGUCUGACCUGUUGGAGAAGGAGAUGAAGGAGCAGGAGAAGAGGCUGGGAAUACGGAUCUCCAUGUCACAUGAGAAGGAGCCGCUUGGUACAGCGGGUCCGCUCGCUCUGGCCAGGGAGCUGCUGAUGGAAAACGCGGAUCCUUUCUUUGUCCUGAACAGCGACGUUAUCUGUGACUUCCCCUUUGAGGACAUGGUGCGUUUCCACCAGCACCACGGAAAGGAGGGGACAAUCGUGGUCACAAAGGUGGAGGAGCCGUCGAAGUACGGGGUUGUUGUAUAUGACGCGGAGACUGGGCGAAUCCAGCACUUUGUAGAGAAACCGCAAGUUUUUGUGUCAAACAAAAUUAACUCUGGUUUAUACAUCUUCUCUGCAUCCGUGCUGGAGCGUAUUCAGUUGCGUCCUACCUCCAUAGAGAAGGAGAUUUUCCCGGCAAUGGCGGAGGACGGACAGCUGUUUGCUAUGGAGCUGCAAGGUUUCUGGAUGGACAUCGGGCAGCCCAAGGAUUUCCUGACUGGGAUGUGCAUGUACCUGCAGUCCGUGCGGCAGAGGCACCCGGAGCGGCUCCAUUCUGGCCCAGGCUUUGUGGGCAAUGUCCUGGUGGACCCCACAGCCAAGAUUGGGGAGAACUGCUGCAUUGGUCCAAACGUGACGAUCGGCGCCGGCGUGACGGUGGAGGAUGGCGUGCGGAUAAAGCGUUGCACAGUCAUGAAAAGCUCCAGAAUCCAUUCCCACGCCUGGCUGGAGUCCUCUAUAGUGGGCUGGAGCUCGGCCGUGGGGAAGUGGGUGCGGAUGGAGAACGUGACGGUGCUGGGGGAGGACGUCAUUGUGAAUGAUGAACUUUACCUGAACGGCGCUAACGUUUUACCGCACAAGUGCAUCUCGGAGUCGGUGCCGGAGCCCCGGAUCAUCAUGUAGAGGCCCCGGGGAAUGUUUCUGAGAUUAUAUUGUGCAGUUUACAAAACUUUCCCUUCAUCCUUUGUAAACGAGGCACUGAAGGAGCGGAAUACCUCAGUAUGAAUACCAGAUCUGUCACCAUCUGUGCCAAUCGUGCCCGGGCACCUACACACUAUGUACAUUUCCGCAGGUUGCUGGCCUCGACCGAUGCCUCGGGUGCUGCGUGAGAACUGACCCGUCUGCCAGGAGACGUCUGAGCAGUAAAUGACAUUGUGUGACCGGCAGCAGUGGGUACAUCAUUGCGAGACAGUCCUGCCAGCUGCCCCGGUGCAGCCAAUCACACUGCAGCUUCUGUAAUAGCGCGCAGAGCGUGUGACAGAAUGCUGCCUGUGUUAUGCUUUCCACUCAGCUACUUCUUAUAAAGACACAGUCCUGCAUGGUGUCUGUCCUCAUCUGUACAAGAUCCUUACCUGUCCUUUGUAAAUCAGUAUCUGAUGACGUGCGGCGGGAGGUGCAACGAUUCACAGACGCCAUUUUUUACAUUCUGUAUAAGUAGAUAAAAAGGGAAUUUUAUGCAUUGUUAAA